GCUUCAGACAUUUGGGGAAUCGUGAAACAAGUUGUUCCCGCAAAGAGGCAUUGCCAACUUAGUGUAAGUAGACUCUAAAUGAACAGAGGAAACAGAAAGAGGCUGUUUCACUAAGAGCCUUGACAUUCCUGCCCUCCCGUGUUCACUCCUUCACGUCUUUUGUUGUGGACACCUGGACACCGUGAGACAUUAUAUUAUGGACAUAGAGACGCUGUAGAGCCCGACACGCUGCAUGUACGCUCGACUUGCUGAUGGAAGUUGUGCAUUGGGACUGAUCGUCGAGUCAGAUCAGAGAGACACUCACUGCUGGGGAGUGACAGCAGAAGACUCUGUGUCGUCUCCCACGGGCCCCGCCCCCAUGGACCUGCGUGUAGGUGAGCGUCUGGUGCGUCCGGGUUCGAACCCGGCCUUCCUGUCCCCUCUGCACCCCCCUCUGCUGAUCGGCCCCUUCAGUCCACAGCACUGUUCCCAGUACAGCCAGCAGCAGCUGCAGCGCAUACAGUCAUAUAACAUGGAGCAGCAUCUACGAGACCAGGAACUAGCGAAACAACAACUACAGCAACUUAAAAACAAGGACAAGAGUCAACAGAGUGCUGUUGCCAGUGCGUUGGUGAAGCAGAAACUGGCGCAAGUGAUUCUGAAGAAGCAGAAGGCGGUGCUGGAGAGGACCAACUCCAACCCUCUGAGCAGCCCGUCCGUUGCCUACCGGGAGUUGGUUCCAGAUCCCGGCGCUCCUGUACAGCCGCUCCUGUCCUCCACAAAACCAGCUCUCAGCGAAGGGCCUGACGAACCACCCCUGAGACGAGCAACCUCAGAGCCCAACCUGAAGGUGAAGCAUAAGUUAAAGAAGCACCUGAACACCCGUAAGAGCCCGCUGACCCGCAAAGAGAGCGCGCCACCUGCCGUCAAACACCGCGUCCCUGAUACGCUGGACUCGUCCCCCAGCAGCAGCAGCACUCCAGUGUCCGGCUGCAGCUCCCCAAACGACAGUCUGCCCAACGAGAACGGAGUGCUGCCCGCCACCGCCAGCCUGUCCCAUGAGGCUCAGAGGCUGCUGUUGCAGGACGGCUCUUUAACUCACUUCACAGUGCAGAAUCCCUCCGGUCUCCCCACCAUCACGCUCGGCCUCCCCGCCAACACCAAGGUGGAGAGUGAGCUGGGCUCGCUGAAGCUGGGUCGUGUGUCGGGUGCGUCUCCGGUGCUGUUUCCUCUGGGUGUGGAAGAGCAGAGCGGGCCGCUCAUACAGCCCGUCCUCAUCCUGGAGCCCUCUGGACUCGUACACACCCCUCUCCUGGCCGUUCCAGGUCUGGUCACGCCUGUGGGAAACGCAAAAGCAACUCCAGCACCUGCGCAGACAGACGGCUCACAUGGAGACACUGGCAGUACCCAUGAUGCUCGGCGCCGCACACCGGCCGCUCUCUCGUACGCAGUCGUCUCCAGCCUCCACCUCGCUGACGCUGCCGGACAAAGCCUUGCCUCUCAGCACGGCACCGGAGCCGCCCCAGAGCCAGCCGCGCUUCACCACGGGUACACCGUCUCCACCAAUCACACGCCGUGUGCGUGUGGAGACAACAGCAGCCACCCAGAGCAUGCUGGGAGAAUCCAGAGCAUCUGGUCGCGCUUGCAGGAGAGGGGCCUCAGGGGCCAGUGUGAGAGUAUUCGGGGAAGGAAGGCCACUCUAGAGGAGUUACAGUCUGUCCAACCCUGCCAGAAACAUGUGGACAAUGACACCAUCUGGAACGAGAUGCACACGUCCACAGCGUCCCGCCUGGCAGCCGGGAGCGUGACAGAGCUGGCCUUCAGAGUGGCUAAAGGAGAGCUUAAGAACGGCUUUGCUGUGGUUAGGCCACCAGGACAUCACGCAGACCCGUCAAACCCCAUGGGUUUUUGUUUCUUCAACUCGGUGGCGAUUGCUGCUAAGCAGCUCCAGCAGAAGCUCAGCGCCAGUAAAAUCCUCAUCGUUGACUGGGAUGUUCAUCAUGGCAACGGCACCCAGGAAAUCUUCUACAACGACCCCAGCGUCCUCUACAUCUCUCUCCAUCGCUAUGAUAAUGGAAACUUCUUCCCCGGGAGUGGUGGAGCAGCAGAGGUGGGUUCUGGGGCCGGUGAGGGCUUCAACGUUAAUGUGGCGUGGACCGGUGGUCUGGAACCUCCCAUGGGCGAUGCUGAGUACCUGGCUGCCUUCAGGACGGUGGUGAUGCCCAUUGCUCAGGAGUUUUCCCCAGACGUCGUGUUGGUCUCUUCAGGGUUUGACGCUGCAGAAGGACACCCUGCUCCUUUGGGAGGAUACAAAGUCACAGCUAAAUGUUUCGGCUUUUUGACUCGGCAGUUGAUGGCGUUAGCAGGAGGACGUGUGGUUCUAGCAUUAGAGGGAGGUCACGACCUCACAGCCAUAUGUGAUGCUUCUGAGGCCUGUGUCAGCGCUCUGCUGGGACUGGAGGAGCCUCUUCCUGAGUCGACUCUCCUCCAGACGCCCAAUGCCAACGGAGUGCUUUCACUCCAGAGAGUGCUACAAAUACAGAGUCAGUAUUGGUCGUCACUGAAGCCGUUGAUGGGCACAGUGGGGAUGUCGUUUCUGGGUGCCCAGAGGAAAGACUGUGAGGAAACAGACACAGUGAAUGCGAUGGCAUCCCUCUCCGUGGGGGUCUUGACCAACAAAAGCCUUGCUGAUGAACCCAUGGAGCACGACGAAGACUCCCUUUAAACCAGGUCUUUACACGUCUGAAACUGUCCAGUAUCAAAUGGAGCUCCACACCAUGUGAACGAGCCGUGCCUCAGGGGGCGUGGCUUCCUCAUCAUGGCCCCUCCCCCAAGACACCAACUCAACCCUGACCACCAGCGCAGCGCGGCUAAGCUAACAACCCGCAGCCACAGUUCUGCCGGGGCUCUGGGAUCCACGUCAUCUUCUCCAUUCACGUACCACACAAACAAACACACUAGGACGCAUGAGUGUGUUUUUAACAUUCACUAAAAGAAUGUGCUGAAGGACUCCAGUCGCUCAGAUAUUCACCUCCGGUGCCUCAAAAGAGACUAUUUACUUUAGCUGGAGAUGCGAAAGCAGAGUUGCAGGAACGGUUGAGGAUUAUUUAACCUUUUUUAAAGGCAGCCCACUUGCGGACUGUGCUGGGAGAAAAUGAGGGGUUUCCUUGCACCUGGCAACCACAAAGUGGCUUCACUCUAUGAUGUCAUUACUAUUAACCACUAAAGAAGAAGAAAAAGAAGAAAACGAUCUCGACAACUGUGGGUUUUAUCAAUCGUAUUUUUUUUUUUUGCACUGUGCAUUCCAUAAUGUGAACCGUGAAAUUUUCCAAACCUCUGGGAAAAGAAAGAUCUAAUUCUGGAUCUAGUUUUACGCUUAAUGUUCUUUUUUUUUUUAAAGUGAAGCAAAAAACAGUUGCAUUCUUGUCAAGUUCAGUUACAUUCUACCUGCAUUCCCAGCAUGAAGGCUGUAAACUUGAAUACUUCGAAAUACUUAUUUGUACUGAUUUUGUGUAUCUGAUUUAACGCCUCAUGUUUUUAAAGGCCAGAGGGACAAGCCAGCUAUGAGCAAGUUUAUUGCACACACCCACCCACCUAAAAAAACACACAUAUACGCCCAUAUUUCUGUGCACACAUUGCAUCCUUAUGACCACUGUACAGUUAAUAUCGUGGACACAGGAAGUGCUUAAGCUUUCCCUAGACUAACUGUAACGCAAAGUAGCUCAGUCUCUUUUUAGACCAAACUAAUUUGAAUAUGAUGUCUAUAUAUGUGUGCGUGUGUAUCUAUCAGUCAUAUCUUUUAUCUGUUCUGUACUCACAAUCAAACCUCGACUGACCACAAGCAAAAGCGCAAAACGACAUUUGAAUGGGCUCUCGCGGCCACUUUAAUAGCAGCGUGUGAAAUUCUUUUAUAACACAAUUGUCUGUCGUUUUCACGGAUCUUUGUUGUUUUGGACGAGGGAAAUGACCAGCCUGUUAACCUGUGGAGAAGACAUGUCUCAAGUUGGUGCGCAGUUAAUGAUUUUCUUUCAUUGCUGCGCACUUACUGGCGUUUUUUUUUUAUGAGGGAUGCAUUGUUUUUGGAUGGCGUUCUGUUUUCCACAGCCUGCACAUAGAUGUCUAAUUCACACCAGUUGUGUGGAUGAAGUUUAUGGUGAUAUUAAAUAUGUCUCUCAGCCACUGGGAUUCACAUUUACGCCAUCAUCAAUAAACCGAAAUUAAUAUCACACCAAAACGGACAGACCUCGUUAAAUACUGUGCCACUCAUCAGCAUGUUCGGUUUCAAAAACGUAUCAUUUCUAAACCAAAAUCUGUCUAGUUGCGUAAUCCUGAUGGGCCAAACAGCCAAAAAUAAUGCGCUGGAAAUAAUGCUGUACCACAUGCUGGAUGGUCAUCGGUCGGGACGUUACAUUUAACUAGUAGCACAGUUCAUGGUGCUUGUUUGACUUUUGCGUUGUGCUUUUGGCUUAAUGAACGCCCCGACGGCUCGCGUUCGCGUUUCGGAUUUGUAUUGAUAUUCAUUGACCAAAUCUCAUGUUUUUGAGUUUGUGUUUACCUCUUUACCUCUGCAUUCACAAUCAAAUUCACACGUUAACAUGCUUUCCUGCGUUCACUACAAGAAACAAUCGUGACCUGGCAAAUUGCUGUUAUUGCGAACAUGUGGAAUAAAAAUAGAGGCAUUCCGUGUGCGAUUUUUCUGUAAUGCUGCAGAUAAAAGUGCCCAGCACCUGCCCGACCAACAAGUCUUUAAUUCAUCCCUUUCUUGCCUUGUACCAAACCACUGUGGCUAGUUCUACGUUUGUAUGAUUCCAUGUAAAUAGCACCAUCCAUUUAUCGACGUUUUGUGAGGUUUCAUGAAGACCCUGGGUAGCCUUUGCCCAUCAGACCCCCGUGAAGACUGUUGUAAAAUAGAGCAGAUGCAGACGUUCACUCAUUAAUGAAGUCAUAGCUAAUCGCUCAGAACUAGCGGCGGUCUUGCUGCGUAUUUAUAGUACUUCAAACAGUGCACUUGCAUUUCACCAUCAACAAAACAUGCCUGUUCAUCUUCAGACAAAUUGAAAACGACUUGGUUAGCGACAAAUCGACAGCACUUAGUGACAGUUUCGUUGGGACUGUUGCUAAAUACAGAUUUUGACAUUCCGUUGCAGUUUGGACACUGAUAUGCGUCUUACAUACAGUUCUAUUUUAGUGGUGUAUUUUUACAAUAGCUUUGUGCAUUUGUACUGUUUUGAUAUACCUCUCAAAGCGCUUGUAUUCUCUCGUCUCUCCGAACUCUUUAUGAAGUAAAACGGGGAGAGUGUGCUGUCGUCAUCGCUCGUGUAAAAGCAAACCAGCGUCGUCUUAAUUCUUCUGUCAUUUAUUCCCUUUUGCCUUCUUGUAUGGACAAUGUAAAUAGUUUCCUAUGACCAAAAGACUUCACCUACGUACCUUGAAGUACUUUACCUGUCGACCCCACUAACUGGAUCUGUUUAACAAAGCAUAACAGAAAUGAUGUUUUCCAAUCUUCCUUGUUUAUUUCCCGUUUCUUUCAUUUUUCUGUGUAUAGAAAAGAAUGUCUAUUUUGUACUGUUUCUAUCUUCCUAAUUAAAAAGAAAAGCAUUUUUUGUUUGCCUGAAUUUCA